AGGCGGAUGAAUCCAACGUAGGCGCAACCUCGAAAAGAACCAAGUCUACCACUGUUUCGUUUCCGUUUUGCAGCAAAUGCGAAUGCUCUCAAGCUCUCCUGUGAGCUGCUCAAGCUCUUCGUCACAGAGGCAGUCGGGCGAGCGGGAAUCAUUGCAGAGGCCGAGGGAAAGGACCGCAUCGAAGCAACACAUUUCGAAAGAAUGCUACCGCAGUUUUUGCUGGACUUCUAGCUAGAGGCGAAGAUGGUGCUCGCGGGAAGACCUCUAGCAGCGGUAUGAGAAGGCUGGCCAGAGGACUCGCUACAGACUGUGCAAGCAACCAGCUAAACUUGAGAGAGUACCUCGAUUCGAAGCUAUGCUCCUCCGACGUCUUCACUCUGGCUCGUCUCAUCCGCGAGUGUGGUUCUCUGGGAAGCCUGCUAGAUGCACAAAAGAUUCACAGUCACGUCGUAGAGUCUGGCUUUCAGGAAAACUUUUACCUGCGUGAACGUCUCGUCCACAUGUACCUCAAGUGUGGCAGUGUAGAGAACGCCGAGGACGUCUUCUUGGACAGGAACAGGAUGGCUCACUUCCGAGACGUCACGACGUGGACGGCAAUGUUGUCCGCGUACUCUCGUCAAUCCAGCAGCAGCACCAAGGUGCUCGAGUUCUACUGCCAGAUGCUCCAGCACGGUGUCAAGCCCGACAGUUUCACUUUCACAGCCGUGUUGAAAGCCUGUGUUUCUGUGAAGAGAGCGUUGAGUGGCGGCAAGGCGAUCCACUUCCAGAUCUUAGAGAGCGGGCUAGAGGACGACGAGAUCAUCGGAACUUCGGUCGUGAGCAUGUAUGGGAAGUGCAGCAGCCUGGUUGAUGCUCGAGCCUGGUUUGAUGGAGUUUGUGUCCGACGUCCGCAUGGAGUGGUGUUGUGGAAUGCCAUGAUCUCGGCUUACGUCCAGAACGGCUGCUGUGGACAGUCCUUGGAACUCUUCACACUGAUGCUCUUGGAAGGCGUCGCCCCAAACAGUGUCACGUAUGUCACGGUUCUCAAUGCUUGCAGCUCUACGUUGACGCUGGGUAUUGGCAAGGCGGUUCACAUCUGUGUUUGCGAUCUCGGCCUCGAGUCGGACGUCAUCCUUGGAACCGCGCUGCUCAACAUGUAUGGCAAGAGCGGGAAGCUGGACGAAGCCCGGAAGAUCUUUGAAAGGAUCGAAGCUCCGGACUUGGUGUCGUGGAACUCGAUGAUAUCGGCUCUUGUCCGGGACAGCCAAGGAGACGGUGCUCGGACGUUGUUCAAGCAGCUACUUCUGGAAGGCCUCAGUCCAAAUGAGAUCACUCUCAUCUCUACUAUCAAUGCCUGUGCUUGUCCGGAAGAUUUGACAGAAGGAAAGCUGAUCCACGCUUGCAGCUGUGAAAGUGGCCGGGCGUCGGUACUCUUCGUGAGGAAUGCUCUCGUAGACAUGUAUGGAAAAUGCGGCUGUCUAGAGAAAGCUCGCGAAGUGUUUGAAUCUGAAACAGUGGAGAGGAACUUAGUCAGUUGGAGCGUCAUGGUUGCGGCUUACGCAGAAAACGGUCACGGUCACGAGGCCCUGCAGCUCUUCAGGAUGAUGAUUCUGGAGGGUGAAAGCCUCGACUCGGUCGUCUUUGUCAACGUCCUCAAUGCUUGUUCUUCGGCAGGAAACGCUGCUGCGGGAGAAGCUCUUCACGGCAACUUAGUUGAGGCUGGAUUCGAGUCGGACGUAGUAGCGGCAACGGCACUCGCGAACAUGUAUAUCAAGUGUGGACGUUUGGAAGACGGGCGACGUGUUUUCGACAGAAUGGAGGCCCGGAACGUUGUUAGCUGGAACACCAUGAUCUCGGGCUAUGCUCAGAACGGUCGUCCCAAAGAAGCCUUGGAACUCUUUCACCAAAUGGAUCCCGGAGUUGCUGACAAACGGACGUAUGUAGCAGCACUGGAUGCUUGCGCCUGCUCAGUGGCUGCAACCGAAGGGAAACUUAUACACCAGCGAAUACUUCAGCAGAAGAUGAGCGUCGACGUAAUCCUGGGAACGGCCAUUGUCAACAUGUAUGGAAAAUGUGGUUGCUUGAGCGAAGCCCGGGAGUUUUUUGACAGUAUACCUCUUCCCGACGUCGUCACUUGCAAUGCCAUGAUAGCUGGUUAUGCUCAACACGGCCACCUCAGAAAAGCUCUUGGUCUGUUCGCCAAAAUGAAGCAGGAGGGAGUGAGACCCGACGGUGCUACCUUUGUUAGUGUUCUGUGUGCUUGUAGCCAUGCUGGUAACUUGAAAAAAGGAUCCGAGUUCUUCAUAUCAAUGCUGGUCGAUUACGAGUUUAGGAUUUCUGUUGAGCACUGUGGAUGCAUGCUGGAUCUGCUGAGCCGGUCAGGAAUGCUGCGUGAAGCAGAGGAGCUCCUAAAAAAGUAUCCGAGUUCAGCCAGAGACGCCGAGUGGAUAACGUUGCUGGCCGCGUCUAAGACUCAGAGUGAUGCAACCGUGGCUCAAAACGCAGCAGAGGGCCUUAUGAACUGCCGCCCCGAGAGCUCUUUCCCAUACGUCGUGCUUUCCACUGCUUUGAGCACUGAUGAGGAGGCUGCCUGAGAAUUAGAGCUAUAGCGUGUAAAAUUCAACAGACCUGAAUCGAGUUUCAACCAAACAUUGCCUGCAGAAAAAAAAAGUUUGUGAUGAAGCAAUGUGAAAUAGUAAGCCUACCUGUCC